UAGCUCUAUUCGUCUGCAGACGACACCUUCAAGUUGCAGCCAUAUCUAUGCACAUGCCUUGCAUUCACGGUUGCACAUGUCACCACUGCAAUGCUUACCAACACUGCAACCUGCACAAUUCCACCGUCACAACUGCAUUUCCCAAGUCGCGCCUACUCGCAACGACCCCCCAAAGCAGAACCUUCGAUCUCCCUCUCAACGCCCAAUGCGUGAAGCCGUCCUCACACCUGAAGACGAAGAGUAUCUAACGCUGCUGGAAGCUCGCCGAGACCAGCAGUUCACUACCGCCCCGUUGCUCUCGGGUUUUCGGGUAUUGGCACUCUUCUCGUACGAAGAUCUCGAUGGCCAAACCGACAAGUUCGUGAUCGGCGCCAACGCCGAAUGCGCCAAUAUCGGAGGUGCCACAUGUGCUGAACGUGCCGCCAUGGCGCAACUGCAACUUUUGCCAGUACGUCGAGUGCGCAAAAUCUACAUCGUGUCGGAUUCUCCGCAGUGUUUAACACCUGGAACGCUGUGCCGCGAGUUUUUGCUGUCCAGUCCGUUGGUUGAGGAAAGCACGCCGUUCGUGUCACGAGCUGCCAAGUGCCGCCCGUGUGUCACCACAUUGGCGGAGCUGUACCCAUUCCCGUCACUCUAUGACCGAGUGCCACGUUCUCAAGUUUUGCCGUUCGCGCGAAAAUUCUGUUCACGGUUUGCCACUGACUUGCACGAAGAAGGUGAAAAUGCUGACUUGCAACAAGAAAAUGAAAAUGUGACGCCAUUUGUCAGGUUGCAACUUUCGCGGAUGACACCAAAUGAAAAAGAAGUUUAUCUCAAGGCGCUGGCUGCAACGGAGAAGGAUGCACGCGACGAUCUGUUCCCGUUGAGAUAUGCUGCCGGCACGAAGUUCUCCGAUGGAGAAGUGCGCGUCACGUGGCAACACAAGACGCUGGAAUACGGCAGCUCACUGGACGCCGUUUCCAAGCUCAUUCCGUUCGUCGAAGCGAAGCAAAACUCGAUCAAGCCCCAGUUCUUGAUGCAGGUGGAUCAGUUUGGCAUCCUCCACGCACCUUUUGCACGUGCACGGGCGUAUUUCUUCGAGUUUGGCUUCCUCGACGUUCCAGUGUUGGUCCAUGACGCAGAAGGCGCGCUGCAUCGUAUUCCCAUUGACAUUCUCGUGGCCGAUUCGCCGGAUUGUAUUGCCACUUCCACAGCAGCGGUACAGUAGUCUUUAAACCUACUGACAUCGCUACUAUCCAGCUCCACGAAUCUCGUUCAUGCGCAUUCGAAUGUACACGCGCAUCUGCUGGAGCUGAUCAGUGGAAGCUUGGUGGAACUACAGAUAAAAAAAAAAAAAAACACGAACAGUUUCCUUGAAAAUCGGAUUCUAACCAGAAUAAUAUAAAAAAAAUGCGAUCCAAA